AUGUCGGACAAUAUAGGCCAAAUAAACUUUACCAUACCUGGUAUUCAAAGUUUGGAUGAAAAUGACACAUAUUUAAAAAUAAAUCACAAGAAAACUAUAAAAAUAUGUGCAUAUGCAAUUACAGCAAUUGCAUUAUUUUUUAUUGGUGGCGUAUUUUUUAAAAACCAAGCAAAAAUAAACGCUUUAGAUGCAAUCGAUGAAGCAGUGUUAAUGAAUAAAGAAAUAGCACAUUUAAGAGAAAUUUUAAACAAAUAUAAAGCAACAAUAAACGAAGAUGAUGAAUUUGUAUACCAAGCAUAUGACAAUAAAAAUGGAGAUAGUGAAAAUCAAUUGCUAUUAAUGUUACAUAAACUUUUAAAAAAUAAUGCUAAUAAAGUAAAUACCUUUGAUGUUAAUAAUGAAUCAAAUAAAAAUAUCGAUCCUACGUACAUAUUUAGGCAAAAACUUGAAAGCAUGCAAGAUAACAUAAAAUAUGCAUCAAAAUUUUUCAAGUAUAUGAAAGAAAAUAAUAAAAAAUACGAAAAUAUGGAUGAGCAAUUACAAAGAUUUGAAAACUUUAAAAUACGUUACAUGAAAACUCAAAAACACAAUGAAAUGGUAGGUAAAAAUGGUCUUACAUAUGUACAAAAAGUAAACCAAUAUAGUGACUUUUCUAAGGAAGAAUUUGAUAAUUAUUUUAAAAAAUUAUUAUCUGUUCCAAUGGAUUUGAAAAGCAAAUAUAUAGUACCAUUAAAAAAACACUUAGCUAAUACUAAUCUUAUCUCCGUAGAUAAUAAAUCAAAAGAUUUUCCAGAUAGUCGAGAUUAUAGAAGUAAGUUUAAUUUCCUUCCUCCAAAGGAUCAAGGUAACUGUGGGUCUUGUUGGGCAUUUGCUGCUAUAGGAAAUUUCGAAUACCUUUAUGUACACACAAGACAUGAAAUGCCUAUAAGUUUUAGUGAACAGCAAAUGGUAGAUUGUUCUACUGAGAAUUAUGGAUGUGAUGGUGGUAAUCCAUUUUAUGCAUUUUUAUAUAUGAUUAAUAAUGGAGUAUGCUUAGGCGAUGAAUAUCCAUACAAAGGCCAUGAAGAUUUUUUCUGUUUAAAUUAUAGAUGUUCACUUUUAGGCAGAGUGCAUUUCAUUGGUGAUGUAAAACCAAAUGAAUUAAUUAUGGCCUUAAAUUAUGUAGGACCAGUGACUAUUGCUGUUGGUGCAAGCGAAGAUUUUGUUUUAUAUUCGGGUGGUGUAUUUGAUGGAGAAUGCAAUCCAGAGUUAAAUCAUUCUGUUUUACUAGUAGGAUAUGGCCAAGUUAAAAAGAGCUUAGCAUUUGAGGAUAGUCAUAGUAAUGUAGAUAGCAAUUUGAUAAAAAAGUAUAAGGAAAAUAUCAAAGGUGACGAUGAUGAUGAUAUAAUAUACUACUGGAUCGUUAGAAAUUCAUGGGGUCCAAACUGGGGAGAAGGUGGCUAUAUAAGAAUUAAAAGAAAUAAAGCGGGAGAUGAUGGUUUUUGUGGAGUUGGUAGUGAUGUUUUCUUUCCAAUUUAUUAA